UCGAAAUAUUUUAUAAUUUGUUCGUUAUGUUAUAUUCGAAUAAUUUGGGAGCAGUGCCAGCGAUAUGAUUAGAUUUCAAUAUUUUGAAUUCCAUUAAUCAAUAUAUAAAUUUUAUGAAUAAUCAUAUAUUCCUACCCAUUUCGUGAUUUGUUUCUGGGGUUCCUGGGUUUAUAUUUGAAAUGUCCACAAACCUUCGACAAUACAAAGAAAAUGAAAACAGGAUUCAUGAUCAACUUUAUGACAAUUUAUGUGCACUCAAGUAUUUUUAUCAACCAUCUCAGGAUUUCAAACGCAUUUUCAAAAAGGAUAUGUUUGUAAAAAACAACAAAGCAGCUUUUUAUGAAGUAGCCUAUUACCUACUGGAUAUACUAAAUCCUGAACUUACAAGACAGAAAUUAUCAACUUGGCCUCCCUAUGAAAUCAGGAGGGAAAACAAAUUUCGUAGUGAAAUUUUACAAUACAUAAAUGAGCUCAACUCUAUUUAUGAAAAUGCAGAUAUACCUCAUAUAAUGCCCUCUCAUCUUAUAUCUCCAGGAGGUUUAAAAUUUACAAAGUUUAUGUUGAAACUAUCCCAAUUAGUUGUUUACGAACAUUUACGUAAAACGAAAGAAUCAGCUUUAUUUGCUUGCCCUAAACCUAAUAAAAAUGCCAUCAUGACGAGGGUGACAAUAAACAAUAUGAAAACAGCUACCUUUAAAAUAGAAAAUAGCACAAGUAAUUACUUAAUCAAAUAUGAAAAUCAAUACAAGAAAGUUAAAGAGCAAGCACAAUCUUUGGUAACAGAUCUGGCAGACUUGAAUGACAAGAUUGGAGAGGCAAGAAAAAAGCUUUUGCUCACUAAAGAGGAGUUUCGUAACAAAUAUCCACUCUAUCCUGAAAUAAAAUUCCUCAAGGAGAAUAUAAAACAUCUAGAAAAUGAAUGGGAUAUGCUCAAACAAAUCAAUCAUUUAUUUUUAGAAUCUAAGGAAUUGUUAUCCUACCUCACUAGCAAUAAUUCACUUCUCGAGUAUAACAAAGAGGAGAUAAAGAAGCCUAAUAUUUUACUACAUUCAAUAACAAACAAUGAUCCACUCAAUUUUCCAUUGAUGUUCCAAAGCCUAAAUAUUUUUAUAGAGGAGAAAUCUAUGGUACUUUCAAAUUUUACCCCAUCUUUCAUCAAAGAAACCACAGAAAAAUCUCAGAAACUUAAUAAUAAGUUAUCACUAUUGGAACAGGAGCUGUUGGACAGGAAACUUCAAA